CCGCAUCCUGAAUGGACUGGAGGCGAGCCGCAGAACAAGCCAAAGCGAAGCGGUAAGAAGAACCCGCCAUGUCUGGAUUCGGUAGCGGCGGCGGUGGAUUCGGGAAUCCCCCCAACCGUGGGGGCAAUCCAUUUGGCGGAGGCUUUGGAGGCUCUUCCGGAGCACCCGGGGGAUUCGGGGCUCCGGCUCCGGCUCCCUUUGGCAGCGGUGGGUUUGGUGGAAGCGGACCGCAACAAAACCAAAACAAAGGCCCUCCGCCACCGUUCGGAUCGGCACCGGCGUCGUCCUCUCCGUUCGGCGGGACAAACCAGGGAGGAGGGGGAGGUGGACUGACCUUUGGAUCCUCGCCCAAUGUCUUGGUGGCGCCUUCAAACGGCGGCGGGACCAACAGCAGCAGUGGCUUUGGGAGUAGCAAUGUCGGUAGAUUCGGGGGGAGCCGAUCGGGGUUUGGAUCGCAGCCGCAAUCUCAGCAACAGCAACACCAGCAGCAACACCAGCAGCACGCAAAUCCCUUUGGCGGAUCCCGGCCGCAAUCGUCCGCGCCCUUUGGUGGUGGUUCCCAGCAACCCUCCCGGCCACCGCCCGCUCCUUUUGGUGCUGCGCAAGCCAGCGGGUCUCCCGUGACCUUUGGUUCUUCUUCCAGCGUCCUCAUUGGCGACGCGGGGGGAUCGAAGGGCGGAUCCUCGUGGGGAGGGAGCGGUGCCGGUGCCCCCUUUUCGGGCUUCUCCAACAAAUCCAACGGCAAGGGAGCCGGGGGCACCGGCACCUUUGGAAGCGGCCCUGGCCGAACACCACCGUCUUCCUCGAACCCGUUCGGGGGGGGAUCUUCCGCCUCGUCGUCGGCCCCCUCGUUCGGCAAGCGGAGUGGGGGCUUUGGGGCCGCUUUAUCGACGGGGGCAUCUUCGGAAGAAAACACGGGCGGGAGUGGUGGCACGAACGAGACCGGUGGCGACGCGCCUGCCGUCAGGCGCGUCAGCAUCAACACCGCUCAGGCCGAAAUGGAAGAAAAGAAGCGAAAGCUCCAGGCCAAGAUCGAGGAAAAGAAGCGGCACUUGGCGGAACGACAAAAGCAGAAGAAAGAAGCCGAGCGAAAAGCAAAGCAGGCGGCACCCUCGAUUGCUCCCUCGAAGCCAGCCCAGGGAACCAACCGACAGGACCAGCAGCAGCAGCAACAACAACAACAACAUAAGCAAAAGCAACCCCAGGGGUCUCAGCAAAGUCUGGCCGAGCGCAAUGCCCAGCGAUUCGCUAAGUUCAACAACCAAUCGUCUGCCCGCAGCCAGAGCCCCGCGCUGGCGGCCAAAACGAGGGCUUCCAGCGGUCGCGAAGACCUUGAACACGCCGUUAACCUCGUCGGGCUCUGCCAGACCAUGUGUCCCGCCGACGAGCUGCGACGGCGGGAAAACGAGAGCGACAUCCAGGCGCUCGAGGUCCCGCUUCCAGGUAAGCUGCACCCACCGAACUGGACGCUCGAGGACACGGCGAUCAAGCGCUUUCGUCGAUCGGCCGCGGACUACAAGCUGGACGUGCCAGAGUGGGUUCGGCCCCCUGAGGUCCUGGAACGAACCAUGGGGUAUCUCGAGGAAUGGAUCAUGGAACGGGACCGGCAGGGUCCCGAUCCCCGUUUCCCGGUCAAGGAUGCUCCCCCACCGCCCCUCGACGUGUACCAGUUCAUCUGGGACAGGACCCGGAUGAUCCGAAAGGACUUCAUCCUCCAGAACUAUGUCGGAACCGGUGGCCGGUGCGACGCGAAGGCGGUUCGCUGCCACGAGCGCAUCGCACGGUGGCACGCCAUGUGCGAACACCAGCUGAGCCACAUCGACGAUUUCGUCACGAUGCAGAGCCAGCAAAACAUGCAGGAGCUGGGCCAGACGUUGAAGACGCUCAAUGCCUUUUACGAUGACUCGCUGAACCGUUCCACAAAGGAGGUCCCACACAAUGAUACCGGUCGAGAGACCUUCGUCCCGAACACCAACCACACGGUAGGCGCAGGCAGAGACGACAACAGAUCUUCGACCGGGGGCUGUUUUUGUGACACGGUACAGGGGCAGAAUCCGGUGGACUACAACGGCGUUCCCCUGAACAACGCGGGUGACAACCCGAUGAUUGCCCGGCGGAUCAUCGGGGAAAACAACAACCAGACAACGACGCGUGGCACGGCGGAGCCAGAAAUGAGAGGAAUGUACAUGCUGCUGAUCCUUGAGAACGAAGGAGGGAUGGAGGUUCUGAAAUACGCCGCUAGACUCUUCAAGGAGCGACCCGCUGUUUAUCAUUCCCCGCCCGUGCAGCUGGCACUGACUAUCUUCAAGGCCUGGAAGGACAUGAACUACGCCAGGUUCUUUUCCAUUCUCAGGUCGUCCUCUACGCCAUAUCUUUUCAGCUGCAUCAUGUUCAAACAGGUAGAAGUGAUGAGGCGGAUCGCGCUGUGCAUCAUGUCGAGAUCGUACGGACAAGUCAAGAGCACUGGGGAGACCCUGCAGGACCAGUACCCCCUGAAACGCCUCGCCCACGUGCUUUGCUUCGAGGAUAUGGAAGAAGCGAAACAAACGUGUGAGUUUUACAACAUCACGGUGGGAAAAUACACGAGCCAGAGGACCGGUCAGACGGAAUACUGCGUGUGCUGGAAGGGUUCGAAAUUCGAGGUUCCCAAGGACCCCGAGAAGGGGCACACCCUACGGCUCAAGCCCCGCAAGAUGGCGCGCACCAUCGAGCGAAAGCUCAGCGGGAGUACCCGCUUGGGGGUGUGCCGGGGAGAUGUGAGCGGGAAGGGUGCCACCCUGGCAGAAACGCCGGCGCAGAGCCAGCUCGAUCCGAUCGCCCCGACGUAUGUGGCACCGUCUGCCAUCCCGCAGGCACCCGCCGUAGAUCCCGGGGAGGAAGCGAAACAGCAAGAGCUGGUGAUGAAACAAAAGCUAGAGCGGGACAAGCUUCUGAAGGAAGCGAGGAAAAAGGAGGAAAGAGACCGCCGUGCGAAGGAAGAGCUCCGGAUGAAAGAGGAAAAACGACAACUGGAAGAGCAACGAAAGAAAGAGCUCGAGGAACGGAAACGAACCGCACUGGAAGAGCGCCGGCGAGAAGAGCAGCUCCGAAAAGAAGAAGCAGAGCGAAAGCGGCGGGAACAAGAGAACGAGUUGCAGCGACAGAAAGAGGAAGCACUGGCGCGGAUGAUUGCGGCCGAGGAAACACGUGCCAGGGCCGAAGAGGAAGCCAGAAAACGCAAGGAAUUGGAAGAGAAAGAACGAAAGGAGGACGAAGAGCGGCGGAGGCUCGAACUAGAACUCAGGCUUGCCGAGGAGAAACGCAGAAAGCAGCUGGAAGAACAAGAGAUGAUUCGCAGGCAGGAAGAAGAACGCAGGCGCGAGGCAUUGCGACUCCAACGCGAAGAGAAGCGAAAACGUGAGGCCGAGGAACAACGGAAGGCAAAUGAGUGGCAGGCACGGAUCAACGACGCCACCGAGAUUCUGGCGUGGCACCGCUGGAAACGCGCCCUGGCAAGAACACUCGAAAGCUUGAUCGGAUCCAGGAGAAGCCUGAGGGCGAUCGAUCCUUUGUUCAAAACAGACAACUUUCACUUGGAAGAUCUCGCGAGGCUGGCGGUUCCAAAUAGAGGUUCGAAGUUUGAAGAACCGAUCAGUGCGCAACCAACGAGCAAGGGCAUCAUCGAGGAUUCUAUUCGAGAAAAACGAGCGGAACAAGAUUCAAAACUGGCAAUUGCGGAUAUGGUGCUCCUAGAAUUAGAGUCCGUCACUGGGGAUGCCAAGCCGCUGUUUCGAUCCCGAGAAUCCACUCUCUUGUUGAAAGUCGCAGUGAUCUAUCCAGAAACCACGGACGUAGCGGAUCAGAGUUAUGCAGGUUUGCUGCACCACUGGAUUUCGUCUCGCGUGGACUUUGGAAAGAUUCUAACAUCCAAUAGGAAGAAAAGUGGCACUUCCAACUUUACUUCGAGCGACGAAGUCCGUAUUGUGAUAGUGAAAGGUUCGAGCUACGACAUUUGUGCCACUGCCGACAUUGCCUUGUUUGUAAUCCCUCCGCACUGGUCUGGUCCGGAACAAAAGGGAGAGAUCCUGGGCGAGCUUGCUUCCUCCCUCAUAGAUGACGACAUACCACGCGUGGCCUUGGUCUUGAGAGAUAGUGUCGGAGCGGACGAAAUCCGGGAAAUCAACAACCUGAUUGCCACGCAGCUGGCGGGCAACAUGGACGCAAUCCCGAUCAUCCAUCCGUCGGAACUCUCUGUCAAAGCCUUCGAGAGUGCUCUGGAAUGUUCCUUUUCUCGCAUCGCAAAACUGUUCGUUCACGAGGCUUGCGUGCGUGUUUCCCGCAUCCCGGCAAUGCAACUGGCCACAAAAACAAUCCUCGCUGUUCUGUGGCAGUCCAUUCCUUCCGUCGCAGGUGAAGACAUCGACGAGGACGCCAUCGUGGAGUGUUCGAGACUCACCGUCCACACCCUCAUCGAAGAGCUCGCGAAGCAGUUCGAACGCAACGAAACCGAGUGGUCCCUCUGGCCGGCACCCGAAUUUUCCUCUAGGGACGGCGUGGUCCAAUCGUACUUUUCUGGAGCCGUGGGACUCCCACUCGAGUGGGGGAGGUGUCUCGAUCGGAGGGUUCUCCACCAGACCUACGAAUCUCUGCUGUCGGCGUUUCGGGGGCACUUCCGGGACGCGUACCAACGGAUCGUGGUCGAUGCCCCGAUCACGGUUCAGGACCAAUGCGCUUCGGAGUGCGCCCAGGGCCAGUACCGCAGGUGCCUCGAAAGAGCGCUGCAGUGGAUGCAAACAUCGUCUUCUUUUAGCGGUUGCUUUCUGUAUCUCCCGGAGGGAUUGCUCGAAUUCGUGAAGAAGAAGGUUGGCGAAAAAGUCGGUGCGAGUCCGUUGCUGUCAAAGUCCAAAGGAUCCAACAGCACCAAGGCGGAGAUCCCUCACCUGGCCGCAGAAGACAGGCUCUUUUGCGACGAUGUCCCCACAAAGAACACCUCGAAAAGAUCCAGAGCGGCCCCGGAUUUCUUCGGCAAGAGAUCUGCACCGACCAAUGGGAACCAUCCGUCCCUCAAGAAACAAAAGCAGGAGGAUCCGCCUGUUGCUGCCGGGGAGGGUCCCCCUUGUGUCACUCCGGUGGGCACCGUUGGAAGCCAAGCGCGGAAUCCAGUCCAAACCCCGAGCACCAAACGAAGGACGAGCGCGCUGCGGAAGGGGGAUGCGUACGCCACGAAACUGGAACGGCUCUUGCACGGGGACGACACAAUCGAUUUUGUGGUGGGACAAACAUCUUCCCUGUCGGAAUUCCUCCGGGGCGCUCCGAAACCCAAGGUCUGAGGGAGCGAAUCCGUCGGCCAGCAACGGAGUGUCGAUCGGGAUCAAAGACACUAUGAUUCUAAUACUACAAAACGGAAAAAAGGGAACAAUGAUCGGUGGACACCAAUAUCACAUCAAUAUCACAUC